GUUUUGUUGUGGCGGUUGUUUCAGUUAGCGUUAACUGAAAAGAAUCGCUGAAACAAUAAAUGAGACAUUUUCUUUUUAAGAGAAUAGCACUUUAUAUGCUUUGACAAACAUGGGAAAAGUUCAGCGGUGAAAUAAAGUACUUACUGCAUCCGUUCUGAGAUAAUCGGUGUUCAAUUUAAGAACUAAAAAGUUUUUAAAAGUAACUUUGAUAAAUAAAAAUAUAUCGUGCGACUUGUGUUGCUGAACUAAGUGUGUUUACGGAAUUAACAUUUUACACACUCAUAAAAAAUGUUCAUUUAUAUGAGUAAGAAGAUUGCUAUACCAAAACAAUCGAAUGUGACUUGCAUAUCAUGGAACCAUUCGUCUGGGUACAUUGCUGUUGGUGGAGAAGAUGGCAUGUUAAAAGUGCUCAAACUGGAAUCUGGAGGUGGUGGGAAUCUCUCAAUGAACCUGAGCUUGGAAGGCCACACUGGUCAGGUGUGUGUAGCCAUAUGGAAUGAAGUCUUUCAGAAACUGACUACUAGUGAUGAGCAUGGUGUCAUCAUUGUUUGGAUGCUGUACAAGGGAUCCUGGUAUGAGGAAAUGAUAAAUAACAGAAAUAAAUCAACCGUUAGGAGCAUGGCUUGGGGUUCUGAUGGGCAAAAAAUUUGCAUAGCAUAUGAGGAUGGGGCCGUUAUUGUGGGCUCAGUGGAUGGCUCGCGUGUCUGGGGCAAGGACAUUAAAGGGCCAGGUUUAGCUGCCGUCCAAUGGUCGCCAGAUAAUUCUCAGCUACUCUUUGCACUGACCAAUGGGGAGCUGCACAUUUAUGAUGAUCAAGGAAAUUUUACUAUGCCAGUGGCUAUCCAUGGUGUGUCAGGGUCAAUGGAUAUUGUUACAAUGGACUGGUAUUCGGGAAGCGCCCCCGCCAGCAGACCCGUGCUGGCAAUAUCUUACCGAAGUGGUGUCAUACUGCUCAUGAAAAACUGCAAUGAGGAAGAUAGUGUCGUAAUAGAAUCAAACAUGACUAUAAUUGAUUGUCACUGGAAUCAUAACGGCACAAUACUGGCCGCGGCCGGCUGCACGGCAGACAAGACCAAUGUCGUUCAGUUCUUUGGUGCAUAUGGGGAGCACAUACGAACAUUGAGAGUUCCUGGCGGUAAUAUGAGGGCAUUGUCGUGGGAGAAGAAGUCACUGCGCCUCGCUAUAGCUAUAGACUCCUUCAUAUACUUUGCUAACGUCAAAAUGGACCAUAAGUACGCGUUUUAUGGAAACACACUGGCAUAUGUAUCGGGAACAGAAACCGUUACCUUUUGGGAUACCGUCACACAUCAGUCUUGGAUAAAUCAUAUACCUGAUGUGAUCGAUAUGUGCGCUGUCGACGAGUACUGUGUUAUCGCUACGUUAGGACAAGUUAUAAUAUCCAAUCAGCAAGGUAUUCAAUGUGAUGCUAAAGCAGUAAGUAUUCCAGUGGUGUAUGUGACUAUCAACAGCAAAGCGAUAGUAGUGGCUGCGUCUAAGGAAUCCUUCUUAAUAUGGAAGUUCUCUACGCCCUCCAGACCUCGUUCGACAGAACAUUUGUACCAAGCAGAUGGGUCGCCGAUGUCGUCAACCGACGCAGGGUUUCACGACGACACAAUAAGCUGUGUCGCGAGUUCUGACACUCAUUUAUUGAUUGGAAGAGAUUCAGGCUCCAUAUUACUGUUCUCUUUAGUCAAUUUUAAGAAAAUCACAUCAAUAAACAUGAAUUCACGGCCCUACAGAUUGGGCCUUAAUUCUAAUUCCAGCAAGUUCUUCGUAAUCGAUCAGCCCGGUUCGUUAUACUUAUUGGAGACUGACAUGGCCAACAAUAUAAGUAUAGGACAAGCGUUACGCAAAGACGUGUGGAGUGCUCUGUGGGCAUCGGAUAACCCACAAAUGUUAGCGGUGGCUGAAAAAGCCAGGCUUUACGUGAUGAGAGAUACGGAGCCAGAAGAGCCUUUGACCAUGCAAGGGUAUUUGUGUAAGUUCAAGGAAUUGGAAAUCACCACAGCACUUUUGGACAGUGUAGACGACAAGUGUACUCCUCAACACAUUGUAAGGGUAGAAGUUAAGUCUUUGAGGGACACGCGCCAACUCAUUGAAAAAGUAGGAUUGAAGGAAGCGGAGAAUUUCAUCAAAGAUAACCCACACCCGCAACUAUGGUUACUGCUAGCAGAGGCUGCUUUAAAAAAUUUCGAGUCCGAAUCUGCAUUAGAAACAGCUGAAGCAGCCUUUGUGCGACGCAAUGACUACGCCGGAAUCAAAUUUGUUUCACGUCUAAAUGCUUUGCACUCAAAUGCGCUUAAAAAAGCUGAUAUUCUAGCUUACUUCAAGGACUUCGAUGCAGCUGAGAAGAUAUAUCAUAAUGAAGACAGGCGGGACUUGGCUAUAGCUCUGCGGAAACGUUUGGGACACUGGUUCCGCGUAGUUGAGCUGCUGAAGAUGUCUGCCAGCACUACGGAUGCGCAAGUCAAACAGGCGUACAGUAACAUCGGCGACUACUACAUUGAUCGACAGAAUUGGACAAGUGCGUUGGAAUAUUAUACAAUGUCAAAUAAUACCGAAGGCCUCAAGAAAUGUUACAUGGCACUCGAAGAUAAUGAGGCCUUAUCUAAAUUGUAUGCAGGUUCGCCAAGAGGCAAGGAAGUUGGAGUACAAAAGCAAAAUGUAUUAGAUGAUUUAAGUGAUAGCGUGGGACAAGCACCAUCGAUACAAGCUAUUAUGCAAUUGAAGGAAAGCGGCAGGUUGACGCAGGCGGCCGAAAUGGCGUUUCAGUUAGCUAACUUAGAAUCUUCUAAGAAAGCAUCACCUUUGAAGAUCAAGAAGCUGUAUGUUUUAGCUGGUCACUUGUAUAGCCAGAGCUCUGUCGAGGGCGCGUCGUCGCGGCUGGCGGCGCGGUGCUGGCGCGGAGCACGCGCGGCGCAGUGGGCGGCGGCGGGCGCGGCGCGGGCGCGCGCGAGGCCGGCGCGGCACGACGCGGCGCUACGGGCCGCCGCGCGACUGCUGCAGCACCACCAAGCACUACACCAGAACCAACAUAUACAGGUUUGGUGUACUAUUGCGUCAAUAGCGAUUCAAGCACGUGCGUUUGAAUUGUGUUCUAAAGCAUUAAUCAAACUCGAAGCACUGGAUCCUCAGACAUUUGAAAAUUUGGCGAUAGAAAUAUUUACAAGAUACAAACCUAAAGACGCAAAAGGAAAUAAAAUCGAAUGCCCAAAUUGCGACGUCAGCAUGCCUGAAUGGUGUUCGUCGUGCGGGGGCUGCGGCAGCCAGUUCCCCGAGUGCGCGGUGUCGGGGCGCGCGCUGGUGGCGCCGCACACGGUGUGGGCGUGCGGCACGUGCGGCGCGCAUGCGCAGCAGCACGAGCUCGUGCUGCGCCACUCCUGCCCCAUGUGCCACGCGCAGCUCGCAUAGCGAUAUACACCACAAUAGCGCGAUUGACAAAAAAAUGUGCAAAAACGUGACUAAGUCACAUGAGUGCAAUAUUGAUGCUUCACUUCAGCCUUCAGAGAGCCAGAGGACGACCGACAAAAAAUAGGACAUCACUUUAAAUUCCUUGGUUCCUGACACAGAGGAAUUUCUCUUGCUGGAUUUUUACCGUCCCAUUGAUUCUAAGAACUGGUCUGGGGCUCAAUUCUGCUAAUUUAAUAAUGUGUUAAUUGGAUAUAAAUUAAAUAUAGCAAAUUAAACCUUAGCGGGAAUUCGUAUGCCGCUUACGUAAAAUGAGCAGAUUUAUGCGUGCUUAUUGCGUGUGCCAUACUGUAGACACGUGGUGGCUUUGGGUGAAUUAGCUGGGGCAAUGGAACAAGAGGUUCCUCCUACCCCCCAAAUAGACAACGUGAGUGAUUUCAUAACAUGCGCACAGGGCUGGGACACCUGAUCCCGAAUAAUACAUAUCUCCAUUUUAAAUUAUGAAGAAGUUCUAUGUUGAAUGUUUAAUUAAUAGACAAAGAGCAAAGGGCCGCUAAACAUCACUUCUUUCUCGCUAAUGUAACCGGACGUCAACUGUUUGCUAAAACUGCCUAGCUUAUAAUGUGACAUUGUAAUCUUUGUUAAAAUUAUAUUUAAAGAAAACCAUACAUAUUUAUCUAAGUUUUAUUCAAUUAAAUAGGGUUCACAAAGUAAGAACAUGUUUUCUUUAUUUAACUUGAUCAUUACAGAAAAUUAUCAUUCUGACUAGAUAUUUAAAUAAAAAUGCACUGUAUCACCCAUGAUGUAUGAAUCUUUAUUCCAAUUCUGGACAGUAUUUCUAUUACCGUAUGAACCAGUAAUAAAGCUCAGGAACGUCAAUUAACUCAUCAAUAACUCACAUAUUUUAAAUGCACAUCCUUUCUCUGACAUGCAUAUACAUAUGUGUUUACACUAUUUAAUCAAAAACCAAAAGUUACACUGUAAAGUUUUAGUUAACUUUAAGAAUUACACAGAACACGAUUUUUUUUCUAUUAGGUAGGUAAUGUUACCACCUUCUUACAUAAUGCCAGUGAUUAUAAAACUGGUCAAUUGGUAUCUUCAAAAUGGCAUUAAACUAACUAUGGUACACCUAGCCCAGUAAAUAGAAGUUAUACGAACCCCAUAAAAUGGAUACAAGAAAUAUUUCUGAAAAGUAAUAAACAUGAUGUAUCCACAAAAAUAAAUAUUUACGAAAGGAUAAUAAUACGUUAUUGUACUGUGAGUAAUUGAAUCAACAAUCAACAACUGUACAGUCAUAUUUCUACUUGAAUGAGCAAAUACAGUUUUUCGUGAAAACAACUAGUAACUAUACUUUCAUAAAAUUACGAUUACGACUAGCAAAUUGUUUAGUAGCUAUACAAUCUUUGAUCGCUAACAGAUAAACAGUAAUAGUUUAGCAUUAUAUAAAGAUGCAGACAUUACAGAUCACAGCACAGUGGCAAAUGCAUGUAGUGAAAUCGUUUUUGUUUCCAAUAAGUCAAAAUUAAUAAAAAAAAAAAAAAUGACUGAAAUAUGCUCUCCACAUGGUGCAGAAAAUUCUAUAUCAUAUCAUAUUCAAGAAAUAGUUUCUUUAUAAUUUUUGAGUUUAUGAUGUCAUAGUAUGUCCAUAGAUAGGUAGAACUAAAAGCAUAGAUUUAAGCUACUAAAGAAUUUGACACAAGACUUUAAAUAGGAUAUGAUCAGAAUUAAAAUCCAUAAGGUACCUGAAGUGUACCAACAGUAUUUUAAGCCGUUGCUAUGUCUGUCAGAAUUCAAUAAAUUAAUGAUUACGCCAAGUGUGAGUAUGACUUGCAUUUGGUAUUUUUUGGCCAGCAUGUAACUGUUUUCUUGAGCAUAGGAAUCAACUUGAUAUUUGGAAUUUGCUUUGUGAAAGAAAUGCUUAUAGAAAGUGAAGGGUGGUAGAAGGACAUAUGAAAACUAAU